AUGCCUUCAUCAGGAUCGAGUAGCUCGUUGUCGGAGAUCCCCACUACCCAUGGCAGCUUCCAGCCGGUGCGGAGCAGCGCGACGCUCAGCCGGCCGCAGACCAACCUGGAGGUCUCCCGCAUCGAGACCCUGCGUCUGACGCACGAGUCGACGGUCGGGUCCAGGGCUCCCCAGACGCCCCGGGAGCAAUGGCUCGCCAUGGGCGGGGGGAAGGACUUCCCUCCCUCGUUGCCGGAUCCAGAUCGCUAUGUGGUCGAGUUCAUCGAUGACCACGAUCCAAUGCAUCCGCACAAUUGGCCGACGCGGACAAAAAUCCUGCUGUCGGUCAUCCUGGCGUAUGUGACCUUUGUGGCCUCUUUCGCCAGCGCCAUCUUCUCUUCCACCGUCGCUGCCGUCGGUCUCCAUUACGGCAUCAGCACCGAGGUCGCAACUCUCGGCGUCACGCUGUAUGUUCUGGGAUUCGCGGCCGGGCCGACCUUCUGGGCCCCGGCGUCGGAACUCUCGGGUCGACGGUGGCCCAUCACCGCGGGAGUCUUGGGAUACAGUAUCUUCACCAUCGGGACCGCGACAGCAAAGGAUGUCCAGACAAUCAUGCUGACGCGGUUUUUCGCCGGGCUGUUUGCCGCCAGUCCGUUGUCCAUUGUCCCUGCGGCGUUGGCUGAUGUCUUUAACAACCGCACACGCGGGGUUGCGAUCGCCAUGUUCGCCAUGGCGGUCUUUGUCGGGCCUUUUGCCUCUCCCUUUACUGGCGGCUUCAUAACCAUGAGCUACCUUGGCUGGCGAUGGACCAUGUACAUCGUGGCCAUCAUGGGUUUCUUCGGGUCUGCCUUGUUGCUGCUAUUCUACAAGGAGACAUACGCCCCCGCGUUGCUGAUGGAGAAAGCUGCCACCGUACGUCGCCAGACACGGAAUUGGGGAAUCCAUGCCAAGCAAGAUGAGGUGGAGAUCGACUUCAAGGAGCUCGUUACGGUUAACUUCAGCCGACCUUUCCGUAUGCUGUUCACCGAGCCGAUUGUCUUUCUGGUGACGCUGUACAUGUCCUUCAUCUACGGGCUGAUGUACGCCCUGUUGGCGGCAUAUCCGGUCGUCUUCCAGGAGAUCCACGGGAUGAAUCUCGGGGUGGGUAGCCUGCCCUUCAUCGGCUUGAUCAUCGGAGAGUUCCUGGGGGGAGUAUUUGUGUUGAUGAGCCAAAACUCAUAUACCAAGAAACUGAGAGCCAAUAAUGAUGUGCCGAUCCCCGAGUGGAGGCUUGCCCCGGCGAUUGUGGGCGGCAUCACCUUCACCAUCGGGCUCUUCUGGUAUGGCUGGACCGGAUGGACACGAUCGAUCCACUGGAUGGCCCCCACCGCGUCCGGACUGUUCACGGGGUUUGGAAUCUAUUGCAUCUUCCUGCAGUGCUUCAACUAUCUCAUCGACUCGUAUCUGCAAUUCGCUGCCUCGGUUUUCGCCGCCAACACGAUCCUUCGAUCUGCCGUCGGAGCCUGUUUCCCGCUCUUCGCGAGGCAGAUGUUCGUCAACCUGGGGGUGCAAUGGGCGGGCACAUUGCUAGGAUGUUUGGCCCUGAUCAUGAUUCCGAUCCCCCUGGGGUUUAUCCUCUAUGGGCCAGCGUUGCGACGAAAGAGUAACUUCGCGCCAGCGCCCGCUGUGUUCCAGGAUAAAGCGGCUUGA